CACCACCACAUCCACAUAGCGUCUCACCCCUCUCGCUCCUUCUGCAGGCUUUCCAGCUCGCCGUCUCUCCUCUCUCGCUGGCCUCGCCUGCUGCAUUACGCUCCUCCGCCGGCGCAGCAUGCCGUUCGACCUCGACGCGUGCAUCGCGCAGCUGCUGCAGAAGCAGCUGCUCGGCGAGGCCCUGCUGCGCGAGAUCUGCGAGAAGACAAAGGAGCUGCUGAUGCGCGAGAGCAACGUCGUGCAUGUGGCUGCACCCGUGACGGUGGUGGGCGACAUCCAUGGGCAAUUCUACGAUCUGAUCGAGAUCUUCCGGAUCGGCGGCUACUGCCCGCAUACGAAUUACCUCUUCCUCGGCGACUACGUUGAUCGCGGUCUGUUCAGCGUUGAGACCAUCUCGCUCUUGACGUGCCUCAAGCUGCGGUAUCCCGACCGCGUGCAGCUCAUCCGUGGCAACCACGAGAGCCGGGCCGUCACACAGACGUACGGCUUCUACACCGAGUGCACGCGCAAGUACGGCUCGGCCAAUGUGUGGCACUACUUCACCGACAUGUUCGACUUCCUCACGCUCUCCGUCGUCAUCGACGACCGGAUAUUCUGCGUGCACGGCGGAAAGUGCCUCUCGCCGUCCGUCCACUACAUCGACCAGGUCAAGAUCAUCGACCGCUUCCGAGAGAUCCCGCACGAGGGACCCAUGGCCGAUCUUGUCUGGUCAGAUCCGGAUCCUGACAAGGAGGAGUUCGCAAUAUCGCCACGAGGUGCCGGGUACACCUUCGGCGCGUCGGUCGUGCGGCACUUCCUGGAGCGCAACAACAUGUCGCACAUCCUGCGCGCGCACCAGCUCUGCAUGGAGGGCUUCUCCGUGCUGUACGACGACCAGCUCUCGACGGUGUGGAGCGCGCCCAACUACUGCUACCGCUGCGGCAACAUGGCGAGCAUCCUCGAGGUCGGGCCGAACGGCACGAAGCACUUCAACACGUUUGAGGCGGCGCCGGAGAACGAGCGCGACGGCCCGGCGCAGGCCGCACAACCAAAACCACAAGUAGAGUACUUCUUGUGACGACCCAAGACGGAGACAUCGGGCAGACGUAUGCUGCGCACAGCCCGCACAUUCAUACCCCGCGUUCAGCGCCAGACGAAUGCGCACAUUUACAGACCACGGUGACGUUGAGCCGCGAGACAG